AUGGUGUUAUAUUGUGGACUUUGCAGUUGCAGUAGACACAGUGAAUAGCUCAUCAUCAUCAUCUUCCCUUCUUUCCCUAUCCAAUAAUGCCUUAAAUCCCCUUAAAAAAUCACAUAAUACACUCAACUUAAGUAUAAAUUAAAGAUUUGAAAUGGGGUUUGUUUCUUCUGGUUUUGUUGUUGCAGUUGUGGUGCUGCUCAGCUCAUCAGUGUUGUGCAAUGGAGGGAUCACCAGUUCUUUUGUCAGGAAAGUUGAGAAGACCAUUGACAUGCCUUUUCACAGUGAUGUUUUUUCAGUUCCUCCUGGCUAUAAUGCUCCUCAACAGGUUCAUAUAACUCAAGGAGAUCAUGAGGGGAAGGCGAUGAUAGUGUCAUGGGUAACUAUGGAAGAACCUGGUUCAAGCACAGUUUCUUAUUGGAGUGAGAACAGCAAACACAAGAACAAGGCAAUGGGCAACUUUAACACCUAUAAAUACUACAAUUAUACUUCUGGUUACAUCCAUCACUGCACUCUCAGGAAUUUGAAGUUUGAUACUAAGUACUUUUAUGAGGUCGGCAUCGGACAAACACCAAGAACCUUUUGGUUCGUGACUCCUCCUGCAGUUGGACCUGAUGUCCCAUACACUUUCGGUCUUAUAGGGGAUCUUGGUCAGACUUAUGAUUCAAAUAGUACCCUUACGCAUUACGAACAUAAUCCAAUAGUAGGUAAAGCUGUUUUAUACGUGGGGGAUCUGUCUUAUGCUGAUAACCACCCAAAUCAUGACAAUGUUAAGUGGGAUACAUGGGGAAGGUUUGUUGAGAGAAGUACCGCAUAUCAACCUUGGAUAUGGACUACUGGGAAUCAUGAGAUAGAUUACGCCCCUGAAAUUGGUGAAAGCGUACCGUUCAAGCCUUUUACUCAUCGUUAUCGUACCCCACACAAAGCAUCAAACAGUAGUGAUCCAUUUUGGUACUCAAUCAAGAGAGCUUCAGCCUAUGUUAUUGUUUUGUCCUCGUACUCAGCAUAUGGCAUGUACACUCCGCAGUACCAAUGGCUUUACGAGGAGCUACCAAAAGUGAACAGAAGUGAAACACCAUGGUUAAUUGUUCUAGUGCAUUCCCCGUGGUAUAAUAGCUACAAGUAUCAUUAUAUGGAAGGUGAAAGUAUGAGAGUUAUGUAUGAACCAUGGUUUGUACAAUACAAAGUUGACAUCGUUUUUGCAGGGCAUGUUCACGCGUAUGAACGAUCAGAACGUGUAUCGAACAUUGCAUAUAACAUUGUUAAUGGAAUUUGUCGUCCUGUAAGUGACCAAUCUGCACCGGUAUACAUAACCAUUGGUGAUGGAGGAAAUAUUGAAGGCUUGGCAACCAUUAUGACAGAGCCACAACCAGAGUAUUCAGCUUUUCGUGAGGCAAGUUUUGGCCAUGCUGUGCUUGAUAUCAAGAACAGGACCCAUGCUUACUAUGCUUGGCAUCGCAAUCAAGAUGGAGAUUCUGUUAAGGGGGAUGCUUUGUGGAUUUUCAACCGAUACUGGCAUCAAAUUGAUGAUUCCACAACUUCACGUUCAGGAUAAAAUAUAUUCCAUCAUUCAAAUGGUAAAUUGGUUGACCAGUUUAUAACAGCUUCCUUUUCAAUUUUUUUGCAUUUAUCGGCUCAUAUACUGUAUCUCUAGGCGAGGCAAGGGCCUCACGGUCUGUAGAUUGUUUAGACCAGCACCGAGUAAGAGUCUUCCAGUUCCAAGAAUUCUAAUUUCGAAUAAGAAUGUUUCACCGAUUAUCCAAAUGACUUUUGGUUAAAAGAAUGCUCUUUUCAUAUUUCAUAUGUUUUUUUGUAACUUAGUUCAAGUUUAAUACGUCUUCAGACUGAGAAGUUCCCCUUGUUAUCAAGAGCAUUGAUUUUCGGA